CCUUAAGACACGGCAGUUCCCAUUUUCCAUCACCAACUGGGCAGGUCACUCUCGGUUGUCUCCAAAACCUGGAAUUCGUCGGCUACUGUUCUAAUAACUGAGACUUUCAAGGUUCUGCUACAUUUUCAUUCCCCGAAAUGCCCUACGACGAUAUCAUUCGCAACGGUUUCAGAUGUUCGUUCGGCCGAUUUUACGCGCGGCAUUGCGUCGAACGCGUUGACAGUUCCAGCUUGAAGUCCAUGUUUCUCCCGCGACUGACAGGAGGGUGUCCUUCCGAGGACUUUGUCCGCGGUCAGUUGCAACAUUAUGGCGUGGAUUAUGAUGAGAAGGACUUCACGGGGAAUGGCACCCGGUUGAUGAAAAAGGUGCUCCAGGCCGGCAAGUGCGAUAAAGUCCCCAAUCAUAUUGCGCAGCUACGAUUACAGAUGCACAUGGAGUGGCUCGAACAACUGUCCGAGGAAGAACUUUCGGGCCACCCAGAGUGGAUCAUGGAAAAGUAUAUCGUUGAUGGCUCAGGCAAACCGGAUCCAGCAAAGACAACCAAGGUCGUCGGUAUUCCCUACCCUCUGGACAGUGAGUACCGCGCAGGGCAACUCAGUCAAGCUGCCCGGCGGGUUAGCUCUACCCAAACCAUCUACUUGGGCUGGGAUCGUAAUGCGGUGGAAAAGGCGGCCAAGGACCAUGCUGCCAAAGAAGAACGAGCGGAACGGGCAAAGGCAGCCGCACGGGAAGAAGAGCGAGCUUCAAAGCACAGAAAAUAUCUUGCCAACGCAAAAAUGCUCACGCCAGACUACAGGGCACCUUCCCCCAUUGGACACUAUAUCGUCGACUGCGACGAAAUCGAGAGAAACUGGCCUGACUUGUCUCAAGACAUGACGCUGGCUAUCCAUGGAACCCCCAACCACGGCAUAUACCAGGCCAGCUUCGAUUUUGGCGUCAGCAAGGGAGUUAAUGAUACUAGGCUGCGUCGAACGCAUGACGAUGAAUUCGACGACGAGGAAGAUGACGAUGAAUUCGACGACGAGGAAGAUGACGAUGAAGACGAGGACGAGGAAGAUGACGAUGAAGACGAGGACGAGGACGAGGACGAAGAUAGGAAGAUCCCGCUAUGGAAGACCAAGGCUACCAACAAGCUGCCUCGCGGACGGCCCCUGAAAAAGGCAAGGGUAACCGGGGCUGGCAGAUCUGCGAAAUACUUUGUGCGCCUGAAAUCUCGUGAAUACCGAACAGGGAUGAUUUAUCCGAGGCCACAGAAAGGGACGAUUAGAUUCAGCGGACCCGAUCUCUCUAGCUUUACCGGAGAAGUCGACAUCAGUGGCAUUGACCGGGGAAUCUUCUUCAAAGCGCGUAAGAUCUCUGCUGUCCCGCAGAGACCGCGCAAUUCAUGGGAUAACUAUUCUGAAGCUGCCUAUGAGCGUGCUCGAGUUGAUCGCUGGAGGUAG